GAUCCCCAAAACCAUAUCCCCCAAACAAGCCCCACCAUUUUUCCCUUUAUAUUUUGCCCAAAACCAAAACCCAAAAAAAAAAAAAAUUGAAAUCUUUUUGUCUCAUCAGCCAUCACAUUCUUGCAACUGCUUAGCCAUUUUUCUAGAGAGAGAAACACAUACCAGAAAGUAGAGAAAGAAAACAGAAGCAAAUUGAUAGGGAACUGGGCUAUUUGUUGUAUGCUUUCUUGAAAGGAGGAAGGAAAAAAAAACUCAUUCAAUAAGCAGAGACUGAACUGAGGAGAGUCAGAAAAAGGGCUUCCGUUUCUUAGUUUGCCUGCUGUAUGUUUUCUUCAGGUUUCUGGCUUCUGUUUUGUCUCUGUGAUUUUUCGGUUUAGUGGGAAGUGGAUCACUCUCAUGGGUGGGUUCGACGAUCAUGUUGCUAUUAUGGGAGACUGGAUGCCUCCGAGCCCUAGUCCAAGAGCCUUUUUCUCAUCAAUGAUCAGUGAUGACGUUGCAGCACGACCGACUGCUAACUCUGAGUGCGAAAAUAAAAGUGUUCCCCCGUUUCAAGGGCCUGAAGGACAUGAUCAGAAGGAUCAGAUUCAAGCUAGUGUAGGGGGUGAUGAACCAAGCAACUCAAAUGCUCCGGUUGAACCAAAAUUGAGCUCCCGAGCAGGUCUUGUGGAGAGGAUGGCAGCUAGGGCUGGAUUUAAUGCCCCACGGUUGAAUACAGAAAGCAUCAGGGCUGCUGACCUUUCUAAGAAACCAGAAGUUCUGUCUCCUUAUUUGACAAUUCCUCCUGGUCUUAGCCCAACAACUCUGCUAGAUUCUCCUGUUUUCCUCUCCAAUUCAUUGGUUUUGCCAUCUCCUACAACUGGAAAGUUUUUGUUUGCCCCAAGUGGAAACAACCAAAUCUCUUCAUUAAUGACCGGGAAUCCUGAUAAGGGCAAGGAGAAUACUUUUGAAGUUACGAACGCUUCAUCAUUUGCAUUCAAACCUGUUGCCGAAUCUGCUUCUUUCCCUUACUUUAAUGCAGCAAACAAAGUAAAUCCUUCUGGUUUCGCCCCACACUCAUUUUCUGGUGUUAGUUUCUCGGUUCAUCCCAAUACCAUGCCUCUGCAUCAAAGUACAGAGCCUGUGAAAGUCCACUCUGACAACAACAAUGCACUGUUUCAGCAAGCAAAUUUGUCUGAAUCACAUCUGGAAAACAAUAGAGGCAGCAAUCUUGUGCCAGAGCAGACAUAUAACCCUGUUGGUGAUGCAGAGCACUCUCCGCCUUUUGAUGAACCACAUGAGGAUGGAGAUCAAAGAAGCAGUGAAGAUCCCAAUGUUGGUGGCAGCCCAGCUGAAGAUGGUUAUAACUGGAGAAAAUAUGGGCAGAAACAUGUCAAAGGAAGUGAGUAUCCUCGGAGUUACUACAAGUGCACACAUCCAAAUUGUCCGGUCAAGAAAAAGGUGGAACGGUCUCAUGAAGGUCACAUUACAGAGAUAAUCUACAAGGGAGCCCAUAACCACCCGAAACCUCCACCCAAUCGCAGAUCAGCUCUCGGGUCCUCAAAUGCACUUGACGAUGUGCAGCUUGACUCCGAACAACCUGGAACCGGUCCGGAUGGCGGUCUCGUUUGGUCUGCUAUGCAACAAGGAAAUGUGGCAGGAGCCCCUACCCCCGCUCUGCCAGGCCAAGAAUACAACAAUGGAGCUAAUGCUACUUUGAGGACUCAAAGUGGCACCCAGUAUGAGUCAGCGGAUGGAGUGGAUAGGUCUUCUACUUUCUCAAAUGACGAGGAUGACGAUGAUCGUGCAACCCAUGGCAGUGUAUCUUUAGGUUAUGAUGGUGAAGGAGAUGAGUUGGAAUCCAAGAGAAGGAAACUUGAAACUUAUACUCCAGAGAUGAGUGGAAAUACCAGAGCCAUAAGGGAGCCAAGAGUUGUCGUCCAGACAACCAGUGAGGUGGACAUACUUGAUGAUGGAUAUCGUUGGCGCAAAUAUGGGCAGAAAGUUGUCAAAGGAAAUCCAAAUCCAAGGAGUUACUACAAGUGCACAAGUGCUGGCUGCAAUGUCCGUAAGCAUGUCGAGAGAGCUUCUCAUGACCUGAAGUCAGUGAUAACCACUUAUGAGGGUAAGCACAACCACGACGUACCUGCAGCCCGCAACAGUGGCCACUCCAACUCCGGGCUCCAAAACACACUUCCUAGCCGGCAAGCUCCUUCUGCUUCAAGUCACAUACACCGGCCCGAGCCUUCUCAAAUCCGCGGCAGUAUACCCCGGUAUGAAAGACCUUCGAUGGGCUCAUUCGGUAACCUGAGCAGGCCACAGCUGGGACCAGGUCCUGGCUAUGGGUUCGGAAUGAAUCAGCCUGGCUUCCCUGGUCUCGGCUUGGGACCUAACCAAGGCAAGUUACCAGUAAUGCCAGUUAAUCCAUAUUUAGGACAUCAACCUCGGCCUGUGAAUGACAUAGGAGGCUACAUGCUGCCCAAAGGAGAACCAAAAGUGGAGCCUGUAACAGAUACUGGUUUGAACUCCUCUAAUGGGGCCUCUGUUUAUCAGCAGCUUAUGAAUCGACUGCCGCUUGGACCACAGAUGUAAAUUUUUCGAAAUUUUACUAUAGAAAGUAGACAUGGAAUAUAUAUAUAUAUAUAUAGAAAACUAUAAUUAUGAGUAUUUUUACUGGGAUUGCUACUUCUCAAUUCAUUCUUUCUGGUAAUUCAAAUUUUAUUAGAUGUGUCA